AAUUGUUCUUCGUUACACUCACAUCAUUAGUCAAUAACUGUCAGUUUCAUAGGCCAAUAACUGCCACUUAUUUCUAAAGAUGGAGGUAAACUACAAGAAAAAAAAGUUUGCACCAGUCUCUGAAAACCUCAUUCGGCAGGUUGAAAAGUAUUCGGAUCUCUGUGACAUGACAGUGAGGCAUGGACAAUGGGAAAAGAAGUUUCACCGAUGUGUUUUAUCUGCGAGUCCAUUUUUUAAAAGCAUUAUUCGAGCGAAAUUAAACUUUAUUGAAGGGGCGACAGGAGUUGUUGACUUAAAGAUGGAAACAACACCAGAAGAUGUGGAAAUGGCACUUCUGUUCCUAUAUGGACGAAACCCUGAUUUAACAUUUGACAAUAUAGAAGGUAUGCUGGAACUUGCUGAAUUUUUCAUGAUCAAAAAUUUAAAAUCAUAUUGUAUUUUUUGGCUUCAAAAUCAGACACUUACAAAUGAUAACUGUAUAUCUGUGUUGCAAUUAUCCACAAAAUACAACUUUAAACUGAACAAUCUUGACUGUUACAUUGAAAGCAAUCUGCAUGAGGUGUUUCGAAAUAAAGAUGCGACAUCCAUAUCAAGGGAAUCGUUGGAAUAUUUUUUCUCUGAUAAAAAGUUCACAUACGUUUCAAUGGAUGAAAAAUUGGUAUUCCUUGCUGCUUGGGUCACACACAACCAUAGUGAAUCAGAGGAAACCAUAAUAAGUCUGUUUAACAAAAUUGAUAAAGAUGAAUUAUCAUAUGAAACUGUCCAGCAUGUCAAGACGAUGUCUGCUUUUAAUACAAUCAUUGACUUAGAAGCUGUGAACAUUAUUGAAACAAAUGCGACCAACAGGCAAGAUGUUUUGAUACUGUUUGAUAGAGAAACAUUACACUUUACGUGCUUCAACUUUUAUAAAGAUCGAUGGUAUUGGUUGAACAACAGACCGGGUGAUCUUCGAAAUGCAUAUUCCUUCAGAAGAAAUGCUGGGAUUACUGGCAUACGAAGUAGUAUUCCUGAAAUUUACUCUUUCUAUGAUGAUUAUCGAUACUUGCAACCCACUGUGACAAGUAUAAAUCUCGAAACAGACGAAAGAAACACAUAUCACCUCAGUAUUAAUGAUGACGAAAUACUAGAAAAUGAACUUAGAAAUGUACGUUUGAGGAAUAAUAUCGUCAUUGGAACAGUAAAGAAAGUCAGACGCUGUUGUAUCAAAGUAAGAAGUCAAAGUAAAAAGCAAACUAGUACGACACUCACACAACUACAAUUUCUCGAGCAAGACACUUUGACAUGUAUAUUUGAUAGCGAUUCCGAGGAACAUUUACGGCGCACUGAUAAAGAUGACGUCAUUACAAAAACUGUUAAUUACACUGAUUUUUACAUUGGACAUAUAUCAACAGAGGGCGAACCUGAGCUGUCUCCGAUAUUUUCAUUGCGAAAUAUUGAUAUUACAGAUGCGUGUAUCGGGAAUAAUUCUACAGUUGCCCUGCUUACAGAAUCUGGAAAGAGUGUUGUACUGUUUGAUUUGUUUGCAUUUCAGAUUGAAGUGGUUGACAUAACGCCAGAUGAAGACUAUAAAAUCGAUGAAACUGAUACAGGAUUUGUAAUAUACAACAAUACACGUUGUUCUUGUAUCUCAGGUGCGUCAGGUCAAUCGCUAUUGAAGACAUAUUGGUUGAAAGAAUACGAUUUUGAAGAAAGUAAAGAACGGGAUGUACAAUACCACUACAGCAAUGGUGUGUGGUUUUCGGUUUUGAAUAAAGAUGAUGAUGUUAGGAUUCAGUUUACAACCCAUGAAACAAUAUUAAAACGUCAAUUUAGAAAUAUAAAAUGGAAAUCUAUAUAUUUACCAGAAAACGUUGGCGACAUAUCUGAACAGCUUUUGAAUAAUAGGAAUAUUUUUGUUGUAUCCAUAUCAUCAAGGAAACUGCGAUGUCCUAUUGCAUGCCUUCAUUGCACUUUUACAUGUGAUCCAUUUAUUUAUAAAUAUUACUAUUCAUCUCCAGAAUCAUCUGAUUGGGAAUCUAGAGAAUUUCCAAUGGGAGAUAGCGUUGAUUCAACAGAUACCUCGACACUCUGAAAACUAUUUUACCUUUCUUGGAAAAUAAUUAUUUAAUUAUUUUGCAAAUUAUAUUUGGCUAUUUUACUUUAUUUCACAGAUUAUUUCCAAUGUUUUCUUUUCAUGAAUAAAUGUUAAAAAGGAAUGUGUACAUGUAUAUUAUUUAUUCUUUUAAAGAAAGAGGCGAAUACGUAAUUUUAGUAUAUACUUCUUGUAUUUUUGUUUGUUAAAUUAUAUUGUAGCGAUCAAAACCACAUGCAAUGUAUUAUUCAUAUGAUAUUGUACUAAUUGACCAUAUAUGCAAAUAAACUUGAAUUAAAUUGCAAUGACAUUUGGAGCAAUACAUCGCUUUUCAUGGAUUUCAUGGACUAAAACGACACGACGGACACAAUGAAGAUUCAAUGAUUACCACCGUAUGAUCACGUUUGCCGAAUGUUGAAUUCUUUUUUAUCGUUGACGACAGCUUGCAAUAAAAAAAAUAUUUUAAUGAAACCGAGCCUGCAACAUUUUUAUUUUCGCUUU